AUGAAGCUCCCUCCAGCAGAAAUCUUGGCUACAUGGCCAGAAGCGAACUACAUCGACCCUCCCACGCGCGGACACAGCGUCCUCAUCGUUAAUAUUAUUUGUCUCUCGUUGACGUUCCUGGUAGUCUUCAUGCGUCUAUACACCCGGUUCCGGAUCACAUGCAGCAUCGGCAUCGACGACCUGUUCAUUGUCCUCGGUCUGGUCGCCGCCGUCGCAAUGGCUGUUAUCACUUCAGUCGCCACGGAAGACUGGGGCAUGAAUCGCCAUAUCUGGGAUAUCGAAAUGUCGCGACUCGCCACUGUCCAGAAACUGAAUCUCUCUUUCCAAAUCAUGUUCUCGGUAUCAUCUUCCUUCACCAAACUAUCCCUGCUGUGGUUCUGCCGACGACUCAUAGUGAAGGGUAACUUCACGCUGUAUAACUGGACAUACAUUUCAGCCAUGAUAUUCGUUGGUGGUUCUAGUAUACUGUUCAUUCUGAUCAGCGUCUUCCAGUGCACACCCAUCAGUGCCUACUGGCAACUCAGCCCUCCCAAGCCAUAUCGCUGUAUGAAUGAGGGCGCUAUCACCUUCUCUGCCAGCGUAAUCAACAUCUUCACCGAUUUUAUAGUCACGGCCCUACCAAUGCCAUUGAUCUGGAGACUGAAACUCCCCACUCGCCAACGCCUCGCCGUCAUUUCCAUCUUCGCCCUCGGUGUCAUCGUCAACGUCGCCGGCUCCGUCCGAACCGUCUACGUGUGGAAGAGUAUGGUAAUUGGCUAUGACCCGACCUGGCUUGGGUGGCCAGUGCUGAUCGCUGCCAUGGUAGAAAUCAGUCUGGGACUGAUCUGCGCUUCAGCACCUGCCCUCCGUCCCCUCAUUGCUGCUUUCCUUCCCCGCCUCCUCAAUUCAACCCGCAACCUCAGCUCCUCCUACAACCAACGAAACCAAUCACACAAGCUCUGGUCCUCGACCGGUCGCUCUCGGACAUCCCGUUUUGCUGCCGACGACGUGCGCCAACCCGGCUAUGACAGCGAUCGAUUUGAGAUCAUGCGCACCGUGGAAAUGGAGAGCUGGUCCGAAUCACGAGCCGCUAACCAAGGCAAGUUGGGUCACGACUACGAUAUCACAUCUGAGGGCCAUAAUCGUACCCUCAGUCCUGUGGAAACCAUUGAAAUGAAGAAUGAUGUAAUGCACACUUCUGCUGCUAGUGUGAGCUCCUCUGUCUCUUCUGGUCCAAGUGAUAGCCAGUCCCCUUUCGAUAAUCGCCAGUCGCGUUGA